AAGCUCCGAGUGCGUCGCUCUCUUAAUCCGGAUUCUAACCUGCACCCAAAUCUUUAACCAUGAGGACAUACGUUUGGAUUUAUCAGGCUUUGCUCUGUGUUCUGCUCACUAUUGUGGAUACAGGUUGCUGCAGAAAGUCUCGUCAGUUAUUACAGAGGUAUGAAAAGACUGAAAGCCACAUGCUGGUUUGCACAGACUGUCCUCAGCUCCCAUUGAUACGAACCAGCAACUCAGAGGAACGCUGUGCCCGGAAAUGCAAAGUGAAGAAAAACUUCAACUGCAGAGCCUUUAACUUUCAGCGGCACAGCAAGAAAUGCCACCUGCUUCCUUUUGACCGUUUCACCAACAACGUGCAGAAGCAGGCCAACAUCACCUUUACUUUAUACGAAAAAAAAGAUUACAUAAGGGAGUGUAUCUCUGGCACCAUGGACAACUACAGAGGAAGGAGGUCAUGGACAAAGUCAAAUAUCACUUGCCAAGCUUGGUCAGAUAAUAACAUCAAUGAGCACACGUUUUAUCCAGAUAGGUACCCGACGCAAGACCUGAGGCACAACUUCUGUCGGAAUCCUAACAACGAUCCCGGUGGUCCGUGGUGCUACACCACAGAUCCCAAUGUACGAGCUGAGGAGUGUGGCAUACCACAGUGUUCAGAAGAUGUCUGCAUGACAUGUAACGGGGAGGAUUACCAGGGCAAAAUGGACCAUACAGAGAGUGGCAAAGAGUGCCAGAGAUGGGACUUGGCAAGGCCUCACAAACACCCCUUCCAGCCCAAGAAGUAUCGGGACAAAGAUUUAAAGGACAACUACUGUAGGAACCCGAAUAACCGCCUCCGUCCUUGGUGUUACACCAUGGAUCCCAAAACUCCAUGGGAGUACUGUAACAUCACUGUGUGUGGUUCAGACCCUACCGAGGACUCCGAUGUUGAAGUAACAACUUCCUGUGUCCAGGGAAAGGGCACAGACUACCAAGGCACAAUGAAUGUCACCCCGGAAGGUGUGACAUGUCAGCGCUGGGAUUCCCAGUUCCCACAUAGCCACUCAUUUCUUCCGCAGAACUACAAAUGCAAAGACCUCAGAGAGAAUUACUGUCGCAAUCCUGAUGGUGCAGAUUACCCAUGGUGCUUCACUACAAACCCUAAUCAGAGGAUAGCCAAUUGCACCCACAUCCCCAGAUGUGGUGCAGAGGCUACACAAAAAGCAGAGUGUUAUGAAGAGAAUGGAGAGACUUAUCGGGGCACUUUAUCCAUAACUCGAUCGGGGAUUCCCUGUGCAGACUGGUCACAUCACAUAAACAGUGGGGAUUCUCACUCUACGGUGUCCCAUGUAGGGCUGGAGAAGAACUACUGCAGGAACCCAGAUCGCGACAGACACGGCCCCUGGUGUUACACCAGUCCAAAUAACCGCCUGGCCUGGGAUUACUGUAAACUAAAACACUGUGAUUCAGCUACAAAGGCUCCUCAGACAAAUAUUCAAACGAGGCCCAAGAUAUCAUGCUUUGUGCACAUAAACACCAGAAUAGUUGGAGGACAUCAAGUGCGAGGUACAGAUGGCAGCUGGGUUGUAAGCAUCCAAAGACAGAAGGUCCAUUUGUGUGGUGGCUCACUAAUCAGAGAGAACUGGGUUUUGACAGACCAGCAGUGCUUCACCUCCUGCGUUCCAGAUCUCCGGGAUUACAGUGUGCAGGUCGGUCUGCAUCACCUCGAUGAGUCUAAAAACCGACCGCGACUACGAGUCUCUCGCCUGAUCUGUGGCCCAGACGGCUCCAACCUAGUAAUGUUGAAGCUAGCAGAUCCUGCCCCUGUGUCUGAAGGUGCAUCCACCAUUCAUCUUCCCGUGAAAGACUGUCGCAUCCCUGAAGGCACCAACUGCACCAUGUAUGGAUGGGGGGAAACCAAAAAUACUGGACACGAUGAAGCCCUUAACUCUGUAAUCAUGCCGAUGGUGGACAACGACAUGUGCUCGCAAAUCAAAGAAGACGCCGGGGAAAGCAGAAUAUGUGCUGGCGGGAAAAGGGGAGAAGGCGUGUGUGAUAAUUUCUGA